UGCAGAAUCAGGGGGGUGCAGAGCAGGACGAGGGGUGCAGAAUUGGGGGGUGUAGAGCAAGACGAGUAGCGCCGAACUAGCGGGGUGCAGAGCUGGGGCUGCAGAGCCGGGGUACCAAGUAGGGUGGGGGGCCCAGAACUAGGGGGCCGCAGAGCAGGGCUGGGGGCGCACAGCCCGGUGAGGGGCGCAGAACUGGAAGCGCGGCGCUGCGGGGAGCAGAGCCGGGACCUCGCGGCCCGGUGAGGGGCGCGGACCCCCGGGCGCCCCGGCCGGGUGACCGUCGGGCGGAGGACCCGGGCCUCCGGGGGUGGCCUCGGCCCCCGGUCCGGCCGAUGGGGCCGUCCGGCCUCCGGCCAUGCCGCCGCUCCGGGGUCACCGGCUCCUCACCGGCUGCCUCCUCUCCCUCCUCAUCCUCUGGACCCUCCUGGGCAACGCGCUGGUCUGCCUGGCCGUCGUCCGCUGCCGGCACCUGCGCUCCAGGGUCACCAACGUCUUCGUGGGCUCCCUGGCCGCGUCGGACCUGCUGGUGGCCCUGCUGGUCAUGCCCUGGAAGGCGGCGGCCGAGGUGGCCGGCCACUGGCCCUUCGGCGCCUUCUGCGACGUCUGGGUGGCCUUGGACAUCAUGUGCUCGACGGCCUCCAUCCUGCACCUCUGCCUCAUCGGCCUGGACCGCUACUGGGCCGUCUCCAGCCCCUUCGGCUACCAGCGCGGGAUGAGGCCGCGCCUGGCCCUGCUGGCGGUCGGCGCCACCUGGGCCCUGUCCGCCCUCAUCUCCUUCCUCCCCGUCCAGCUCCACUGGCACAAGGCCCCGGCCGACGCCACCGGCCGCCCGGCCUCAACCGGCUGCGACUCCAGCCUCAACCGGGCCUACGCCGUCUCCUCCUCCCUGGUCAGCUUCUACAUCCCCGUGGCCGUCGUGCUGGUCACCUACGCCCGCAUCUACCGCAUCGCCCGCGGGCAGAUCCGGCGGAUCUCCUCGCUGGAGAGGGCCGCCCGGCAGGCCCGGGACCGCCGGGGCGCCGGCCCCCCGGACCGUCCGGCCCGCUCCGGCCCGCGCGCCUCCGUCCGCAGGGAGACGGAGGUCCUCAAGACCCUGGCCGUCGUCGUGGGAGUCUUCGUCGGCUGCUGGCUGCCCUUCUUCGUCCUCAACUGCCUGGCGCCCUUCUGCGGCCCCCGGGCCGGCCUCCCCUGCGUGGGCGAGGGCACCUUCGACGUCUUCGUCUGGUUCGGCUGGGCCAACUCCGCCCUCAACCCCGUCGUCUACGCCUUCAACGGAGAAUUCCGCCGGGCCUUCGCCGGCCUGCUGGGCUGCGGGCGGGCCCCCUCCGGCAGCCCCGGCCGGACCGUCCGCCUCAGCGACCGGCUCCUCUCCUGCGAUCGGGGCCCACGAGGCCCCGGGCGUGCGGUCGCGGCCUACGGCGACGUCCUCCCCGACGAGGCCGGCCACGGGGACCCGGGGCUCCGGCCCUCCCCGACGUCCGCCGGCUCCCCCGGGGAACCGGACGGGGACGUCCCCCCGGGCGACAUCGCCCCGUUCCCUCCGGGCGGCCUACGGGAGACUCCUCCUUGAGCAGGCGCCUCCCGGGCCGAAGCCGAGGCCGGCGUGCGCGUGCUCUGUCGUCGACUGGGUCCCUUCUGUGUUUCACUCGUCCGUUCGAUCGUCUUGAUUCGUUCAUUCGGUGGUAUUUAUUGAGUGCUUACUGUGUGCAGAGCACUCUGCUAAGCGCUUGGAAGGUACGUGUUUCUGUCUGGUGCUCCGAGGGCUCAGAAGUAGCACACGGUCGAUCGUCAUCGGGGCUGAGGACUGAUGAUGUAUCCUGAACUGGGAGAGGGGGGUGCAUAAGGGUGCGUGUUUGUGUGUGUGUCUUUGUGCCCCGAGGGGGCCGGGGACUUCUGCUUCUUAAUGAAUAGGGGACACACCACCCCAAAAGUCCCCACGUGGCUUUGAAAGUCCAGUGAGAUUGAUCUCCCCUCCGCUGCCCCCCCCAUCUGUGACCUCACCGUGAGAGGGGAGGACUAUUUCCAUCUGCAUCUUUUCAUGUCGGAUGCUCUCGGGCAACUCUCGUCAUCAUAAGUGGCAUGAUUUGGAUAGGGGAUUCUCCGGGACUUGUUCCCGAGGACCAAUUAAAUUGAGGUGGUUCUGAUGAGGGGGGUUUAUUAGCUCUCGUUCAUCAGCCGGAUUUCGGGAAGGUAGCUUGCCCUUUCCCCAGCUCUCUCAGAUGAUACAUCAUUUGGGGAGGGGGAGAAGAGGUUGAGGAGGGACAGAUUUGCUUGAAAAUUGCACUCCGGGGUAACUGAUUGGAAGCUGGCUGUUUCUGCCUUAAAGGAGUCCGGACUAAAGGGUCUGCAUUACUCUUUUUGUCCCGUAGACUGUGUCGGGAUUAUUACCGACUCGUUCUUCUAUUGGUAUCAAUCGAAUGUUUGAGAGAGCAUUUUAAAAGCAGUUAAGGGAAAGGAAUAAUUGGGAGGACACACCCUUUUGCAUGCCAUUCAUUUAUGAAAUUCUUCCAGAAGACGUUCUUGGACUUUGAGGUGGUUAUGAUAUCUGUUAAAAUAGCUCUCAAGAAUACAAUAUCACUUUGAGAGUGGUCUGGUUUUUUUUGGGGGGGGGACAACAAACCAGCCGUCUUCAUGAGUGUUUUGAUGCAGUUGCUGCAAAUACUUGAAUAUAUAGAAAACUUGGGAUUUGCAACCUUUGGAAACCUUGAGAAAUAGCUUCUCUAUAUACGAAGGCUAAACCAUGAAGAAGUGUGUUUCUUCCGAUAAGUGUUCCGAGUGAGAACGGAUAAUUUCCCUAAUGGCGGAAUCAGUGAGAGUAAAUAAGACGAAAGGAUGGAUUUUCAUACCAGUUAUCAGCUUCGAGUGUUGCCCAAAGCCUGAUUUUAGGCUCUUGAAAAAAGCCGUCUCGGGACUCAUUGGUCAGCGUUCUGAAACGUUAAGAACUGGCAGUCCUGGAGUCGAAGCAAACUGCAUUUAGAAUUUACAGUUUGUGAAUGAACAAUGAUAAAACUGGUAUUGGACCCCA